UGUGGAGAAGGUUAAGAAGGAGGAGAGAAGGGGGGAAUAUUAAUAAGUUUUCUCAGGAAACAUUCUCUCUAGCGUUUACUGGUUGACCAAACUGCACCAUGUGAAGCACAUACCCUUCUUGACAACUGUACGGACACAUGCAACUCAUGAGCUGGUUGAAGAAGAUCUAAGAAGAAGAUCACACAUGCACCACCCAGCUGUAGCUUUGGAAGGUGAAGGCCAAGGAGGAAGAAGGAAGAAGAAAGAGAGAAGGAUAUAAAAGAGAGGUUUUGUAUAAAUUGAUUGGAAUUAUAUCAGAGAAAUUAAUUGAGGAUGGAUCAUCAUCAUCAUCAAGGAGAAAGAUCUGGGGUUCCAAAUUAUGAGCUUCAGGUGUCUUAUUCUACUACUCCUCAAGGCAUCCAUGAAAUGGGGUUUGUGCAGUUUGAGGAGAACCAGGUGCUGAGUUUCUUGGCACCAUCACAGUCUGCUCAGAUGUCUCAGCCUCUCAACACUGCUAGCACAUCCACACCCACACCCACACCCACCAACACCACUACUAAUACAACCAUGGGCUUUACUCACAAUGAUCUUCUCACCAGACCUUCUUGGAAUAAUGAGCAGGUGGGGACAUUGGAUCCGAAGGCUGUGAAUGAAGAGAAUUGCACUGGUAAUGCCAACGAUGGAAGCAAUUCAUGGUGGAGGAGCUCAUCCUCAGAAAAGACCAAAGUGAAGGCGAGGAGAAAGCUUAGAGAGCCAAGGUUCUGUUUUCAAACUAGAAGCGAGGUGGAUGUGCUCGACGAUGGUUACAAAUGGAGAAAAUAUGGCCAGAAAGUCGUCAAGAAUAGCCUUCAUCCAAGAAGUUAUUAUCGUUGUACUCAUACAAAUUGUCGAGUGAAGAAGAGGGUGGAGCGGUUAUCAGAAGAUUGUCGGAUGGUGAUAACAACAUAUGAAGGUAGACACAACCACUCUCCUUGUGACGACUCCAAUUCAUCUGAACACGAAUGUUUCACUUCAUUCUGAUACCAAACUUUAAUAAGGGGACUAAAUUAAACAAAGAAACAUUAUUGUAAUGAUAUUGUAAUGUAUGAUUUAAUUAGUUUGCAACAAUUAAACUUAA